GCAAAUAAUUUGCGAGCCCUGCCCAGAGGCCCAGAGGUUCUGACCAAGCCAGAGCACAGCCUGCAGCUGGAACUCCAGCAGCCGCUCCAGGCUCUGCUCCCUAAACCCAGAAACAGGAAAGCGAAGGUGCAGUUUCCAGGGCGAGGGUUAGGAGGCAGGCCUGAAGCGCCUAUUUGGUUUUCCAGGUCUUCUACCAUCAAAGAGUGCUGGCAAGCUGAGACAUGAAUUACACACGGUUCAUCAACGCCAGGAGCGCAUCCAGAAAGCAUUCUGCCAUUAGGCUCAUGGCUGAGCUGUUGCUGAAGGCACCAAAAUCUGCCAUCUCUUUGGAGACUGGAGCCCCAAACCCCAACACGUUCCCUUUCAAGUCUGCGGUCAUCACCACAGAAAACGGAGAGACCAUCCAAUUUAAUGAAGACCUGAUGAAGAAAGCACUGCAGUAUUCUCAAAGUGCAGGACUCCCAGAACUCUUAAUCUGGCUAAAACAGUUACAAAUAAAACUGCACGAUCCUCCCACCCUCCAUUACCCACCCAGCCAAGGACAAAUGGACAUAUGUGUCACAUGCGGCAGCCAAGACGGUCUGUGCAAGGUGUUUGAAAUGAUCAUUAAUCCUGGAGAUAAUAUCCUCCUAAAUGAACCUGUUUAUCCAGGAACGAUUCAUGCCCUGCGACCACUGGGCUGCAACAUCCUCACCGUGGCCAGUGAUGAGCAUGGGAUCAUUCCAGACUCCCUCAAAGAAAUACUUGCCAAAUGGAAACCAGAAGAUGCAAAGAACCCCGAGAAAAACACCCCCAAGUUUCUCUACACCAUCCCAAAUGGCAACAACCCUGCUGGGACUUCAUUAACAACUGACCGCAAAAAAGAAAUCUAUGAGCUGGCAAGAAAGUAUGACUUCCUCAUCAUCGAAGACGACCCUUACUACUUUCUGCAGUUCAACAAGCCCUGGGCACCGACCUUCCUCUCCAUGGACAUCGAUGGCCGUGUCAUCAGAGCCGACUCUUUCUCCAAAGUCCUAUCCCCUGGGUUAAGAAUAGGGUUUUUAACUGGCCCAAAGCCCUUGAUCGAGAGAAUUGUUUUACACACAGAAGUUUCAACGAUGCAUCCGAGCACUUUUUCCCAGCUCCUGGUAUCGCAGCUUCUCCACCAGUGGGGAGAGGAUGGCUUCCGGGCUCAAACGGAGAGGGUGACCAAAGUGUACAGGAAGCAGAUGGAUGCACUACUGGCAGCUGCAGACAAGUGGCUGAGUGGUUUGGCAGAAUGGCAUGUUCCUACGGCUGGAAUGUUCUUAUGGGUUAAAAUUAAGGGCAUGAAUGAUGUAAGGAAACUGAUUGAAGAAAAAGCCAUGAAAAAAGAGAUUUUCGUGCUUCCAGGAUACCAUUUCUACUUUGACAGUUCAGCUCCUUGCCCCUACUUCCGAGCAUCCUUCUCUUUAGCGUCUCCGGAGCAGAUGGACAUGGGCUUCCAGAGAUUAGCUCAACUUAUAAGAGAAUCGUUAUGAAGAAACCAAACUCUUCACAGCACCUAACGUUGUUCACAUAAGUGAUUUCUAUGUUGGAGCAGGACAAAAUGAUCACUGGUGUUAGACUUAAAGACAUAUGUCACCAAACAUGUCAUGUCUGUAGUAAUCUAACUAGACAACUUUUGAAGUGCCCUUAAACCAAUCAGACUGCCAAAAUAUACGUAUAAUCCACCUGUAUCUCUUGAUCAAUUUUCAACCCACAAACAACUAUAUUUAUCUUGGAUUUUUAACGUAAAGAACUCUGGUAGUUGCUUUGUAAUGUCCCAUAAUCUUCUUUGAAACUAGUAUUUUACGGUAAAUUAUUUAUAUUAAUCAAUGUCAAAUGAUACUAUGUAGUGUGAACUUUAUUUCUAGGAAAAUAUAAUGAAAGCUUGUUGAAAAACUUAGAAUUUGACCAUUAUACAUAAUUUUCAACAAGAGUAA